CUAAAUUUGAGUUGACUGGUAGCUCUGAAACUCUUCCGUUCACUCUUCUACACUAUGAUCCCUAAUCAUCUUAUACUCUACCGAUCAUGGAAACCGAAAUCAACGGUUCAGAUUCCACACAAACCUCCGAUCAUGAUCUCCUCCGCGCCGAGCUCGACUCCCUCCGCCGGUCUCACCGGAGCCUCCUACAGAAGACGGCGGCGAUGGAGGAAGAUUUCAACCGCGUCCAGAGCCAGCGAGACGAGGCGGCGGCUCGCAACUACGAGUUGACCAGACUCGUCGGAGAAGUUUCCGGCGAGAGGGACGCUGUAAGGGAAGAGCUUCGCAAGGUCGAAGACGAGUAUGCGAUGAAAAUCGAUGAGGAGGUGAGGAGGAAGGAGAGUCUGGAGAGUGAGGUUCGAGUUUGUAAGGAGAGAAUUGAGAGGUUGGAGAUUGAGAGGAGAGAAAGAGAUGAGUUUUUGAUCAAGUGCUUGGAUUCGCUCCGGCCGAUCGAGAAGGAGUUGAUCGGGAUUAUUGAAGGAGUUUGGGACGAAGAAGAUGACAAAGAAGUAGUUGAGAUUGAGAAGGCGGCAACGAAUGUGGAGGAAGGUGAAGCCGAAUUGGACCAGGAAUCGAGGGGAGUAUGGGAGGAGAUCAAGACUAUCAAGAGGCUAGUGGAGAUAGCUGAAGAGAAAGUGGAUGAUUACAAAGAAUUGAGGCAUAACGAGAGGAGGCAAUUGGGGAACAGUGUGGUGAGUUUGACAGAGGAGAAUAGGGAUAUCAGCACAUUGCUGAGGAUUGCUUUGGUGGAGAAGGAGGCUGUGGAGAAGAGGUUGAAGGGGAGCGGUGAGACCAAGAGGGUGGCCAUUUUGCAGAGAGUUGGAUUCAGUCCGUUCGGGUUUUUGAUGGGAAGUGGAGGCAAUGAGCAAUCAUUGGAGGCUUCCGGGGCUAAAUUGGAUGGAGCUAAAUUGGAAGGAAUGGGGUCUAGUGCGAGUAACAAGUCGGAUAGCAGUGAGUGUGAAGAGGAGGUUGUAAGUCUGGCAUCUACUGUAGAGAAGAUAAUGAAGAACCUGCGCCUGGAAAUCACUCAAUUGAGAAGAUCUUUGGACGACUCUAGGUCAGACACUGAGCGCCUACAGAGUCUCACAGAGAAACAAGCUCAACAAAUUGCAGAAAACAUGCUGUACAUCAAGGAGUUAGAAGACAGAGAGAGGGUGUUAACUGAAAAUGUUGAGGCACAGAUGAUUGAAAUGAAGGAUGCUGAAGCUGAGGUUGCCAGAUGGAGAGAAGCUUGUGAGUUGGAAGUUGAAGCUGGGAAAAAUGAGAUUGAAGAACGCGAAAAAUUGAUUGCCAUUCUGAAGCAAGAAUUGGAGAAAACAAGGGCUGCUUUGGACAUAUCAAAUGGCAAAUUAAAGCUGAAAGAAGAACUUGCAGCUAAUGCCAUGGCUGCUCAUGCAGCAGCAGAGAAGUCGCUCCAGCUGGCUGACAGCAGGGCAGCAGGACUCCGUACCCGAAUAGAGGAACUAACAAAACAGCUAGAAGAAGCAGAUAGCAGAGAGCGCAAUAGCCGAAGGGUGAGACAUAUAUGUUGGCCAUGGCGAUCCUUCAAAGUGAACCCCGCUAACAAUGUGCGACGAUUGCUACCAGAAAUGCAGGCCUUGCUUAAUUAUAGUGGGUGAUGAGUCAGUAACAUGAUUCAUUUUGUGUUGGCUCAAUAAGAUUUUAUUUGAAGUUCUUUCAUUUCUUUUAUAAUUUCUGUGCAGAUGUAUCCCUCCUUUGUUGUAGUUAUGCAUUGCCUUCUCAUUUGUUGUAUUUA